AUGGCGACUCCACGACGCGGCGGCGGCGGCGGCAACAACAGCAACAGCAACAGCAGCAGCACAGGCGCAGGCACAGGCGCAGGAGUCGGCAAGGCGUGUCGAUUCUGCUCGCGCCACUUUGCGAAGACGGAGCACCUGAUUCGUCACGAGCGCUGCCAUACCAAGGAGCGACCGUUCCAGUGCAGUAUCUGUGGCAAGAACUACAGUCGCAAUGAUACCUUGAUUCGACAUCGACGAACUCAUGGAAACAACACUGCCGUUGUCCCUCCCGAUGUCUUCAGCAACAAUGAUGCGGCGACGACUUCUGAUGGCACCGUCAAUCCCCCCAUCACGCCUGUCACUGGCCGCAUGUCCUCGUCCCACCAGCCUAUGUCGUCCAUCUCAUCCUCCAUCGCAGCCUCAGACUACACGGAUCAUGACUUCAAUACUAGUCCUGUUGAGUACCAUCCUAUGGGCAAUGAGAUGUAUGGCCAUGACAUGUACGCUCAACCCGACCUCGGACCAGGACCAUAUCAACACAUGAACGGUGGAGCUACGGCGAUGCCUCAGAUUGACCCGAGUCUCACUGGAGGACGAGACAACCCAGGUGCUGGUAACAACAACAUGGACUUCUCUACCUCGUACCUCGACCCAGCUCUACAUCAAUACCCUCCCCCAUCUGAAGCCAACGGCUAUCAAAUGCCAUACACCGCCCCUGAGAUCGAGCAGUUCCAGUCUUGGUACCUGACUAACGACUUUGAUCUUGCUGUCUUCAACAAAUCCUUCAAGACCCCCACGGCUGCGGAGUUCCUUGGUAUCAGUGGUCCGUUGUCUGAUCACCAGUGGAAGAAUCAUGAUAUGCCUAGCUCUGAGACCGGUGGCAAUCUGCCAUUGCAUAUGGAGUGGGACCAAGUUCUCGUACCUUCUGUUGAAUUCAUGAACAUCACCAUCCAGUUUUUCUUCACUAAAUUCAACCCCAUCUUCCCCAUCUUCCAUGGCCCGACAUUCCGCCCCGCUGAUCAUAGCCCGUUGCUCUUACUUUCUAUCAGCUCCAUUGGUAGUCUGUUGAUCAACUCCGAUCAGGCGUGCCUGAGAGGAGCUAAGAUGUUUGAGACUGUUCAGAAGACUGUUACUGAAUCCUGGGCUACUGCUGAGUCAAAGCCUCUGAGAGAACGAACCUCGUUCAUCCAAGCUGCGCUUAUCAGCCAGUUCUUUGCUUAUCUGUCCGGUAGCCCAAAGUAUCUUGCUUUGGUCAAGCCAUUCCAUGUUAACCUGACUGAUCUGGCGAGACGAUGCGGUAUACUUGACAUUGCCCGAACCCUUCCAGAUGUCAGUGGUAAACCUCAAGAAGAGCUUGAUGUGGCUUGGAACUCGUGGGCAAGAGACGAGGAAAUCUCGAGAACUGCCUUGGGCUUGUACAUUCAUGAUGCACAAUUCGCCAGCACAUUCAACAACGCCCCGAUCCUGCAACAUAAUGCACUCCGCCUCUUCGUAGCAUCAACAGACGAGCUUUUUGGUGCCGUUACUCCAACUCGCUGGGCACAUCUUAUCCGACUCUCCCCAGACCCAAGCAAGUUGAGCACACACCUACAUGUCAAUCAGGCCGAACAUGUCGAUACAGCCCCACUCUCCAAGGAACUUUCAUGUCGCGAAAGCCGAUUCUCUUGCUACGUAAUCCUGCACAGCAUUGGCGCGUCCGUACAAGCCAGUCGAGUCGCCGGCACACUCACGCCCAAGCAAAUGCAAAACUUCGAAGAAGCCCUCAUCUGCUGGUACCACGCCUACGAGCAGACCCGCACAACACAAGACCCCGACCCCCUGUGCCUCAUGGUUCUCUACCACGAGAUCUUCAUGACCCUGCUAGUCGACUUCUCACAACUCGAGAGCGCCAUUGGCGGUCCAGCCAAAGGUGCAGACGCCAUCACCUACGCUCGCAACUGGUCCACCAGCAUCGAAGCCAAGCGCUGCAUCAUCCACGCCUCGCUCAUUCACCGCCAAUGCGAAGGUAUCCCCUUCCACAGCGAGCCCGCUCUGCACGUCCCCCGCUCGAUGUUCCUCGCUGCUAGAGCUUGGUACUGCUACAUCCAAUUCGACCCAUCCGUCACCCCCGUCGAUGGCUCGUCCUCUACUCCCCAAACAGCCUCACAACAGCAGCAGCAACAGAUGACGUACGAGGAAUCCUUCAAUAUCCCCGAGGUCAAGAUGUUCAAUAUCGAUCCUAUGCAGUACUUACCUGCUGUCAAUGGGUUUGGAACGGGUAAGCCGCAGUUGACGGAGGCGGCUACUUUGUGUAGGCUGGCGGAUCUGUUGGAGCAGAUUGGGCGGUGGGGGAUCUCGAGGCGGUUUGCUAGGAUUUUGAGAGUUCUGAUCUUUGGUCCUGCUGCUGUUGGGGUCAAUGGGAAUGAGAGUGGCGUGGUGGGUGAUGUUGAUUUGCAGGGUGUUGGUGUUGCUUAG